CGCGACGUCAGUCGCAGCUCGACCGUGGAUUGAUUCGGUAACCAAAAUAAAAAUUGAAAUUUUCCUCAUCAUCGUCUUUCGUGGCUCGGCGGGUCAGAAAUUUAUUUUCCGCAGCAAGUUUCUUCAGCGGGUACUGUCGUGUGCAAACAAGUGUGCAGAAAUUUCGCGGCGAAUAGUCCGGCGCAAAUUCCGGAUCGGAGAAAGAAAGCCAUUUUCAUCGGGUGUUGACUUUCGCGUUGCGUUCCUGCGAGAGGGGUUGAAGCCCACAUCUCUCCAGCGGCAGCACCAUGCAGCCCCUGCAGUACUGUCCGAGCAAUGUGUCCAUGGCGGUCGUCUGGUUCAACCAUGGCAUUUCGCAGUGCUUCCUGGACACGGUCUCGGUGGCCACCAUCGGCAGCUUCCUGCUGCUGUUCGGAACCAUCCAGCUGAUCAUGUACCGGCGCUACGGAACCGAAAUAAGCCCGGUCCAGAUCCGACCCUCCAGGAUGUACAUCUUUCAGGUGUUCCUUUUGAUACUGCUACCGUUGCUGUCCGUGGUUCGAUUCAUUCUGGAAGGAUUCGUAUUCGAAGGAGCUCAAGUGUACGGCUUCAUGAUUGUCUCGGUCUGCGUGACGCUCUUCAUGUAUCCGUACUCGAUCCUGCUGCUGGUCAAGGAACGGCACUACAUAUUGCCAUCCGUUCCGACCCGAGGCCAUGGCUUGGUCCUCUUGCUUUUCUGGACCCUGCUGUUCAUCGUCCAGAACGUGGCCUUCGUCAAUCUGAACUACGACAAGGCCUGGUUCCACCUGGCCAGCACCAAAGACAAAGUCGAAUUCGCCCUCUUCGUCCUGCGCUACACGGCCACCCUGUUUGUGUUCGUCAUCGGGCUCAAAGCUCCGGCCAUCACUUCGACCCAACUUAGCGAAGAGUAUCAGAAUCUCGCGCAGGACCAAGAAAAUCAAUCUACGUUCCGAAAUGCGUGGACGAAAAUGCGCACCCUAAUGCCAUUCCUGUGGCCCAAGAAGGACUUCCUGCUGCAGUUCCGGGUGAUCAUGUGCUUCGCAUUGCUCCUGUCCGGGCGUGUCAUCAACCUGUACGUUCCGAUCUACAACAAGAAAAUCGUUGAUAGCCUCUCGGAGCGCCCGUUGGUGUUCCGCUGGGACUGGGUCCUGAUUUACGUGGCGUUCAAGUUCCUCCAGGGCGGUGGAACCGGAUCCAUGGGCGUCCUAAACAACCUGAGAAGUUUUCUGUGGAUCCGCAUUCAGCAGUACACGACCCGUGAAAUCGAGGUGGAACUGUUCCGCCACUUGCACAGCCUUUCACUUCGGUGGCAUCUGAACCGCAAGACGGGUGAGGUUCUGCGGGUAAUGGACCGCGGAACGGACAGUAUCAACAAUCUGCUGAACUACAUUCUGUUUUCGAUUGCACCGACCAUUGUGGACAUUCUGGUGGCUGUGGUGUUCUUUGUGAUGGCGUUUAACUGGUGGUUCGGAUUCAUUGUGUUCCUGACGAUGACGCUGUAUAUUGUGGCCACCAUCAUGGUAACCGAGUGGCGUACCAAGUUCCAGCGCCGUAUGAACCUGGCCGACAACCAGCAGAAGGCUCGCAGCGUCGAUUCUCUGUUGAACUUCGAAACCGUCAAGUACUACGGUGCCGAACAGUACGAGGUGGACAGCUACCGGGAGGCCAUCCUCAAGUAUCAGGACGAAGAGUGGAAAUCCUCCAUCACGUUGAACAUUUUGAACACCAUGCAAAAUAUCAUUGUCUGUGGAGGUUUGCUGGCUGGAUCGCUGCUUUGCGCCUAUCUGGUUGUAUACGAGGAAGGACUAACCGUCGGUGACUACGUGCUGUUUGCCAGUUACAUCAUUCAGUUAUACGUACCGUUGAACUGGUUCGGAACGUUCUAUCGUGCCAUCCAGAAGAACUUCGUCGACAUGGAGAACAUGUUCGAUCUGAUGCGCGAAGAGCAGGAAGUAAUUGACGCUCCGGGAGCCGGAGAACUGGCGGUGAUCCGCGGCGGUGGUAUCGACUUUUCCAACGUCACCUUCGGUUACACGCCGGAGCGGUUCGUACUGCGGAAUGUGAGCUUCACGGUGCCGGCGGGUAAAACCGUGGCCAUCGUUGGUCCAUCCGGUGCAGGUAAGAGUACGAUCAUGCGUCUGUUGUUCCGAUUUUACGAUGUGGAAAGUGGAAGCAUCUCGAUCGAUGGCCAGAAUAUCAAAACUGUGAAGCAGUCUUCGUUGCGCAGGGCGAUUGGGGUGGUUCCUCAGGACACUGUACUUUUCAACAAUACGAUCAAGUACAAUAUUCAGUACGGCCGGAUCGAUGCUCCGGAGGUGGACGUGAUCAUGGCCGCCAAGAGUGCCGAUAUUCACGAAAAGAUCCUCACCUUCCCGGAGCAGUACGAAACUGCGGUCGGUGAACGAGGUUUGCGAUUGAGUGGAGGCGAAAAGCAACGAGUGGCCAUUGCUCGUACUAUUCUCAAAUCUCCGUUCAUUGUUCUGCUGGAUGAGGCCACCAGUGCGUUGGACACCCAGACGGAACGGAACAUCCAAUCGGCAUUGGCUAAGGUGUGUGCCAAUCGGACGACGCUCAUUAUUGCCCAUCGACUGUCGACGAUCAUUCACUCGGAUGAUAUCCUGGUCCUGAAGGACGGCGUCAUUGUUGAACGUGGUCGCCACGAGGCGCUGUUGGAGAAACAGGGCGUCUAUGCCGAUAUGUGGAAUCAACAGCUGAAGAAUUUGGAAAGUGGAUCGUCGGGCGAUGAGCAACCUUCGCAGCAGCAGGGGCUGAGCAAUGGUAAACCGGUAGCGAAUAGCGGGGCUGCUGCCCACCAUCACCACCACCACUAGACAAGACUGUAGCAUAAGGGUGGUCUAUCAUGAUUUGGAAAUCAAACUAGAGAAUUUCAAGGUCUUCGUGAAUUCACGGAGUAAUAAUUUGUUGAUCUGGUAUUCCAUAAUUUAUAACAGGUCACCCUAUCCUAGCAUUAUAGAAACGUAAGAAUCGGGAUAGCGAAUUGGAAACAUAUUUUCCAAAGUGAUGGAAAUCAGAAGAAAGGAAGCUUGGAGAGCGUGGUAGGGCCGAAUUGCUGAUUGCUCAAUUGCCUAUGAUGUUAAUUUUCAAAGUAAACAGCAGUGCCUAGCCAGAACAGAUGUGAUGUACAAAGAUUUAAGGACGAAUGAUCAAAAUGUGGCGACACAUACCUACUUACGUAUGUGUGCAAGAGAUGAUACUUUAUAACCGUUAGUUAACUUAUUGUGCACUGAUUUUCUUUCAGAACACUUUGAAUGUGAUUAGUGGACGACAUGAAUAUUGUA